AUGACUUUACCAUCUAUUUUAUUUGAUGAUGAUAUUUUUAAUAAUACUCAUUUAGAAUCUUUACAACAACAAAUAGAAGAAUUUCAAAUAACUUAUCAAUCCAAUAUUGAAAUUAUACCUAUUAAUAAUCAAAUUGAACAAGAUUUUUAUAAUCAAGAAGAAUUUAAUGAAUUUGAUAUUUCAAGUAAUUCUAUUUUAGAUGAAUCUAUUUUAGAUGAAUCUAUUUUAGAUAAACCAAUUUUAGAUGAGUCUAUUCUAAGUGAUGAACAAGUGAAUAAAUUUAAAAAAAUUUAUUCAAAAAAUAAAAUUGAAAAUAUUGAAAAUAAUAAUGAUUUAAUUCAAAAUAUAAAAAAAAAUUUAGAUAAAAAAGAUGAAGAAGCUCAAUAUAAAAAAUUGCAAACUACAAUAUGUUUUUAA